GUCAUUGGUACGCGCCGGGCCCACGCAACGUCACCCGCGCGACACCGUGCGCAGGAGCUCGAGUCCCGGGACUGCGGCGAGUGACGGGGUUGUUUGUCGGCCGGGCGGUUUACAAUGGAUCAGUUUGAUAUAAAGCCAGGACACUAUGUGGUAGUGAUCUGGGAUGAUUUGACCACAGCUGAAUCCAAUUCCAAGCUGGUGCAGGACAUUCGGGCAGUUACUGGUUCUUCAGGAAAUGUAGCAAUGGAAAACAUUGAGAGGCUUCAGCUAUCUGCUCACAAGGACUCCAGCUUUGACGUUGUGCUCUCUGGUGUCGUGCCAGAGUCUACCACUCUGCACAGUUUUGACGUAUUUGCUGAAGUAGCUCGAAUUCUGAAGCCUGGAGGAAGAUUUUACUUCAAGGAGCCCGGGUGUAUAUCAGGUGAUAAUGGGAGAUUGAAGACUGCAUCCCAGCUCGGCUCUCUGCUUAAACUGGCUGGCUUUACGGAGAUCUGUGAGAUGGGAAAAGAACUUUUAACUGCUGAUCAACUAAGUUCCAUAGACCAUGGCAUCGGCUCCCCAAGUGGCAACUUGGUGAAGCACGGAAUAAAGGCGAAGAAACCAGACUUUGAAGUCGGAUCCUCGUCUCAACUCAAACUGUCGUUUGUUAAAAAAAACAACCAGGCACCAGAGAAGCCACAGUUGGACCCCAAUGCAGCAAAGGCUUGGACCUUGUCAGCUACCGAUAUGAAUGACGACGAUGUGGAUUUCAUAGAUUCUGACGAGUUGCUGGACGAAAAUGAUUUAAAGAAACCUGACCCAGCCUCGCUCCGGAUCAUGAAUUGUGGAGACAGCAAAAAGAAAAAGCGUGCCUGUAAAAACUGCACAUGUGGUCUCGCAGAAGAGUUGGUGGUGAAAGGACCCAAAGAUGUGAAGUCCGUGCAGGUCAAAUCGUCUUGUGGAAGUUGCUAUCUGGGCGAUGCGUUCCGCUGUGCCAGUUGUCCAUACAUGGGGAUGCCCGCCUUCAAGCCUGGUGAACAGAUCCUGCUGACGAACAAGACUCUGAGCGAUGCCUGAUGUGUUUGAAGAAAGUCUUUGAUGGACUGCCGCUGCCUGUCUCCACACCUGGGAGAUUCUGUUCCUUCCAUUAGAACUGUCAGAUCUGUGCUCUCUUACCUCAACCAAAUCAGUGAAUUGUUGGAUUUGAUGCAGUCAGACUGAAUUAUUAUCUCAUUACAAAGUAACUGAACUAAUUUGUGAUCUCAAUUCCGGGAGUUUAUUGAGGUGGGGAAAUAAAUUGUAAAUAAUA